ACAAAUAGUAGAGGUUGGUAGUGGUAUAGAUCUACUGUUUAGGUAGUGGUAGUAAUGUAGCAAAGAGGGGGUGAUCGUCAAUUGAAUUUAUCAAUUGGAAAGAUUUGGAAAGUCUGAUUGCCGAAUAAUUAAUGUAGUAAAUGUUUUAAAAAAAUAUUGAUUGUAAGACAAUUUUGUAACAAAUUGUAGCUAACAUUAAAGUGCAAGUGUGUGUAUGCUUAUGUGUCUUUGUAGUUGUAACUUCGCCUGUGACAACGCCGAUUAUGCUAUUGUGGUUCCCAUAACCUUAGAUUGUGAGUGCCGACAAUUCGGAAGAUACACGAGAAUUUAAAAAAGUUAUAUGGAAGGCGUGCAAGUCAUUGUCUUAGCCGCGAGAGAUUUUUGGGACGAAUUUCAUAUUACAAAGUCGAAAUUUUUACCAAAUUAUGAAAAUUGUAGUGUUCUCGAGCAAAACUCUACAGACGUUCGAAGAAAUAGUGGAAUUGCUUUGAUUCCGCACGCAGACUGCCUUCAUUAUGUGUGUUCUAAUGAAACACGCAUGAAAACCAGAAUCAUUGGAAACCCAUAUUUCAUUUCUGAAGGCGUAACUCGUUAUGAAUAUGAACAAGAACGUUAUAAUUUUAAACAGUGUUACAAAACUCAGAUGAACGGCCACUUAUUGUCAGUGUUUGUAAAUACUUUAAAAGCAUCAGAAAUUUAUCGGACAGCAGUGAUAACACAUUUACUACAAUGUAAAAAUAUAGAACAAAAUAAAUGUACAUCAAUGUAUCCUCUUAAACUUAUUAUUCAACUUUCUUCUCCUAAGAAGGAAAUUAUUGACUAUAGUUGGAAUGAACGAAUGCUGACAAUGGCACUGGAACGUAGGGAAUUGGAUCAUGCAAUGUCAUGGUUCUCAACGCUAGGAGGGGCCUUCUCAGCUUUAGGAGAUCACUUUGACCACUGUGCUUUAGUUGCUGGACAAAUUUCCAUCAAACAGUUGAAACUUGCUCUUCGGCUGGGAGAUCCUAUGACAGUAGCACGCUGCAAACUGUACCUGGCUCUGAGUUUGUUGCAAAGGGGCUAUUUAACAAAAGCAAAACAUAUCAUUAAAGAGCAAUAUCAGUUUGCUACCACAUCUCCAGUCAUUGACAUGAGACUGAUUCGAAUGUGCCAAGGGAUUUGGGCAAAAUUGAAAUAUUCAUAUCAAAUGAAACAAAAUGAAAAAAAAAAAUAGUUGAUCAAGAGCUCCUUCAAACUCUUUUCAAUUUACUCUGAGCAGUUUUGUUUAAAAGUAUACUUUUUAAACAAAUGUUACAGUUUGCAAAUAGUGCUUACACUAAUGUUUUUCUAUGAAGCUGGUGCAUGUGUACACUGGAAAAAUAAGAAAAUAAAACUCCAUGUGCACAUAUCAACAAUGAUUUUAUUUUACCUUCUUAGCAUUAGUGGUAUUUUAUAUUAUUAAUGAAUUUAUUUUGAUUACAAAUUUUUGCUGAAUGCUAACAUUCUUUGUCAUUUAUUGAUAAAUGUUAGUCUUCUAAGCUAGGUUUAUAAGCAUUUCCAGUAAAUGCAAACUAGUCAUACAAAAGCUUGUUUCAAAUCCUGUGAUAACAAAUGAAGACAUUAUUGAUUAGUUCUGUUUAAAGUGAAAAUUCUGCAAUUGUUAAUUCACAGAGAAAUAAGCACAACCUUGCGUAUAAAUAACCAAUUUUACUAUCAUUAUUAGCACAAUGAAGGUUUACAUCACUUAAUAUUAAGACAGGACUGGGAUCACAAAUAUGAUAAAGUGUACUCUUAGCUUUGGUAUUGCGUUACACAUAUCUACAUUCCAUGUUACAGUUUAAUAUCCAUGUGUUGUAAAUAGAUGUUCACUGCAUUUAAAAGAGCUGUGGAUAUUAGCUGUUUUAUACUCUUAAUUUGAACAUUUCUGUCAACCAUUUUGCUUAAGAUGUGUAAUAUACUGGCCUUGCAUUUAUUACAUUUGAGUAAUAUGCAAUACACAAUGAUAUGUACAGUCUUUACCAAUAGUGGAUACCUUCUGAAACAUAGAUCUUUUUGGCAUAACACUGACCGGAGGGAAGUUUCAUUCUUGUGCACAGAUCACACUGAACAGAACAUAAUGCUACACAAGUUGCACAUAUAUUCUUAUACCUUAUCUCAUCAUUGGUACAUGUAAUUUGUAAAUAUUUGUGUUUCUAUAAAUAUUUAAUAAACAAGAAGUGCCUGUUCAUCAUAUAUGCUCAUACAACUAAUUUGUGAGGACUGCUUUGAGAAUAGCGACAGCAUAAUCCAAGACAUCUUUUGAAAUAAAACAAAACUUUAUUUCAAAUUCUCUUUCUGAACAGUUAUUUAAAAAACACAAUAUUAAUGAUUUUUUCUCACAAUUCAUACCAAAAAUUGGUUAAUAAAUUAAGUACACAAAAAUAUUUCACUAAUGGUGUGCAAAAGCCAGAAGCUAUUCAGGCUCUUAUAUCUUCAUUUUAUUGGUCAGCCUGAGUUUCCCUUUGGUAUCUAUUUCCUAAUUAAUGUACAUUGCAAUUAAUGGUUAUGACUGGAAAGCAUUUCACCAAUAUACAACGUAAAAUUUAACUUGAUUGCUCUUCUCAAGAACACUAGUCAAUAUAGGAUACACUAGGAUUUCAUCUUUGUACUAAGAAACGGUAAGAAGCUUCAUUUCUGUCUAACAAACAAAAUAUAGGUAGAUAAACAAACUUUGCCAGGGGGAAUGGCACAUCAUAACGGACAUUCGCUCUCAAAAGCGAAUUAAAUGACAGUUAAAAAAUGAAAAGAGAACAGAAGUUCAGAAAAUAAUUGAUAACUACAAAACCCAAUUACCGUUAAUACUGUUACGGAAAAAAAGCAGGUUGUUAUUGAAUACUCAGCUACUCCUCUUCCCUGUUAACUACCCCUCAUUAAAAAUAAUGAAUCCAAAACUGAGACAACAAAAUUUGGAUUUUUUUUAAUGCAUUCAACAUUUUGUAAUUACUUUUUAGAAACAUGUUUUGAGAAUGUCAAAACCGUUGGUCUUCUCUACAAUUUGUUAAUUAACGUAGACUCCAGAUCCAGUUUUUGUUUUUUUACUUCUGAACAUAAUAAAUAAGUUCUACCUCAGAAUCCUCCAGGGUUCUUUAAACAACCAAACGCCAGUCAAUAUACCUAGUUUACUUUUGCUGUAGAAUUUAUAAUCUCCACAUAAAUUCAUUUAAGAGAACUAAAUUACAAAUAUUUAUUGGAUUAAGUAGUACAAUGAUUCCAUAAUCCUCAAUGCAGAGUUAAUAUACACUUAAAAGUAAGCAAGAAAAUGUUGAAUCAGCUUUUAGUAAAUUAUAAGAGGCUGAUUUUGCAAUGAUUUUGUUUAUUUCAUAAAUGCACUACCAAGAGAAUAAAAACUUACAGAAUUGUUUCCAAACAAUAUCAGAAACCAUUGACAAUUUUAAUCAAGUUAGUUUUUCAAUUCAAGAACACAAUGCUUCUGGUAUAGUUUUGAAUCUCACACAUAAAAAUAUUUAUGUAAUUUUGAAUCACAAAUAAGACAAUAUACAAAAUUUUACAGAGAAAAAGCAUUCAACAUUUUUUUCACAUCACAAAAAAAUAAUUGUGACAGUUUAUUAAGUUAAAAUAAUUCAUCAGUGAUAUCUCUGAUGUGUGAACAUAGUACUGAAGUGUUGAUGCAUUACUAAUUUUGUAAAAUGUCACUGCAUAUUAUAAAAAAAUUUAACUAACAAAUGACAAAUUUAUCAAGAGCAAUCAAUCAAAUUUAUGAACUGAAGCAGCUGCAAUAAAAAUUAAAUAGCACCAUUCUGAAAAAUAUUUCAAGUGUACAGAAUGUAAUUCUCAAGCUAUAUUACAACAAUCGUCACAACAGUACCUUUAAUCCACAAGUAGGACAUUUUUUAAUAAAAUUAAAUUUAUGAGCAGAUUUUAUUCUUUUAAAAAUUAUAUUAAUUGGAAAAAGUUGCCUAUAAAAAACUUAAAAUUUCUUUAAAAGAUAUGCAAUGAAACAUUAUUAAAGAACAUGGAUGUGAGUAAAUAACAAGAGUAUAUUAUUAGUUAUUUCUUCUUUUUUCCCCCCUUUUUUUCUUUUUGGUUUCGUUUCUCAUCAGGGUGCUAGGUAAU